AUGUUGAAAGAAUUUGAUGUGUCUCAUUUGACUCGAGUCAGUUCUCCUUUGGAUCCUGCCUUCAAGCUUCAAGCUGAUGAUGGAGAAUAUCUGCAAAACCCAACUAUAUUUCGUCAUCUGGUCGGAAAGCUAAAUUAUUUAACAAAUACUAGACCAGAUCUUUCUUUUGUUGUACUCACCCUCAGUCAAUACAUGCAGAAGCCAUGUGUGUCUCAUCUCUCUGCUGCUUUACGAGCACUCAAAUACCUCAGUUCGGCUCCGGGACAAAGCAUUCUUCUUUCAGCCGAGGCAUCUUUUUCCUUGCUUGCAUUCUGUGAUGCUGAUUGGGCUUCCUGCAAGGAUUCAAGAAG